AGCAGCAAACAAGGAACGAUCACAGGACUACAUACAUUUGUAAACAGUUAUCUUCAAAAGCAGUACAACUGGGAUACAUAAAAACCAUGAAAAGCCAAUUAAUAGGAUUUCUUAUGAACUUCUGGAUUUCUUUUUCACUUGCUUUGUAUUUUCACAGUGGAGAAAGAGAAGAGAAAUGUAUAAUUGAAGAUGUUCCCAGUGACACGUUGGUAAUUGGGAAUUACAAAGUACAACGUUGGGAUAUACAUAACCAAGAGUUUCUUGAAUCUGCUCCUGGUUUGGGAAUGUUUGUGACUGUCACAACUCCUUCUGCUGAGGUACUAUUGUCAAAACUGUAUGGGCCACAAGGAACAUUUUCUUUUACAUCCUAUCUAUCUGGGGAGCAUGUUAUCUGUUUACAGUCUAACUCCACAAGAUUUGUGGCAUUUGCAGGAAGUAGACUGCGUAUCCAUUUGGACAUUAGAGUUGGAGAACACUUUUUGGAUGAAUCUGUUGUUCAAGCCAAAGACAAAGUAAAUGAAGUUAACUUUAGACUAGAACAUCUAAUCGAGCAAAUUCAUCAUAUAUCCAAAGAACAAAACUAUGAAAGAGAGCGUGAAGAAAAAUUUCGGAAGACAAGUGAAGAAACCAACAGCAAUAUUUUGUGGUGGGCUAUUGUACAAACGCUAAUCCUCAUCUCCAUUGGAAUUUGGCAAAUCAAAUCUCUCAGAGAUUUCUUUAUAUCUAAGAAGCUUGUUUAAGUCUUAUAAAGUAGAUGCACAGAUUUGAAAAUUGCAUGCCAUAUAACACCUAACAAAGAAACCAUGUAUCUAUGAGAAAAUUGGUUGUGUAUAACUCAUGAGCUUCUCUCAUCUUUUACUCUGGUUCUUACUCUAACUCUGGUUUCUCCAUCUAUAUUGCAGCCUCUGGCUUACAUUUUACUCCUUGAAUCCCAUCUUUUAACCACUUCUUUUCCUCUGCAGAAGUAAAGCUAAAUCUAGAAGAAAGGCUCAGUGACUAAGGCAACAUUUAAGUUCAGCUCGGGAUUGUUACCUCUAAAAUAGAAAUCUAAAAAAACAUUUCCUAAUUUUUCAAAGUUGUCUAUUUUCAUGGUUUAACCCUGGCUGGCAAUUAAGCACCACACAGCCUCUCAUUUUGUCCCUGCCCCCGGUGGGAUGCGGGAGAGAAUUGGAAGUGUAAAAGUGAGAAAAUUAAUGGGUUGAGAUAAAAACAGUUCAAUAAUUUAAUAAUAAUAAUAAUAAUAGUAGUAGUAGUAGUAGUAGCAGUAGUAAGGAAAAGAGGAAAAAACAACAGACUGAAAAAUAAAACCCAAGGAAGACAAGUGAUGCAAAUGAAAACAAUUG